AUGAAGAGCUGCUUUCUGUUAAUCCUCUUAAUUGCUGUAUUUGCCCAUUCAGCAUACGGAGAAUACGAAAACGGAGUCAUUCGUUUCCAUUUGGGUGAUCUCGUCAGCGAUAAGGAAUCUGAGCUCACAGUCCAAGCGUAUGAAGGUGAAAAUACGCCGACAUUGACUAUGUACAAAAAUGGAGCUUUCGAGCUGCCUUAUCAACUCACUCCGGGUUUUACGAAGUUCAACAUUCUGGUCCGUAGUCGUGAAGGAGAAGUCGUUGCGAGGUCGGAGGUGGAAGUCGUUGCCAAAACAGAGAUUCAUUUCUCUAGCUUUAGUCUUACGAUCGAUCAUAAGACCACGGAGUACACUAUUCCUUACACACAACCAUCUCCCCUCAGUUUGGGUCCUAAGACGUCGAUCACUCUGAAAGUCAUUUCGGAGGACGCUGGAAAGCUCGUUCCCACGACUACGUUGUUCAUGCUUGAAAGCCCGAGCGGGAAGAAGUUGACCUUGCCCAUGCGCACCAAGGAGGGUGUUUCCGUCAUCACCUUCAACCCUGCGCGAAAGGAUGUGGCCACUCCGUUUAACUACGAGAACGGCGUGUACCAGGCUUCGUUCCUCUGCGGUGACGCUCUUCUGGCCUCUCCGCUGACGCUCCCUCUGCUGAAGCUGGAGAUCGACUUUGGCGGUGUUCCGGAAUCUCCCGUGUACCCUAUCUACAGCAAGCCGCUGCUCUACGAGAGCGAGAACAGUGUGAAGCCGCUGAAGGAGAUCUCGCACGUGUUCCGUGCGGAGAACGUGAACCCUCCGUUCGUGUUUCCGCUGGCGUUUUCGCUGGCGAUUCCGGCCUGCCUGGUGGGCUUGCUGCUGGUCUGGGGCCGCCUGGGCAUGGAGCUGAAGAGAUCGCGUUCUGACGCAGGCGAGCCGCUUGGUGUUCGGCGUGUGCGUCGCUGGAAUCGUGUGUCUGUAUGCUGCGUUCUGGGUGGGGUGGGACAUCGUGCAUCUGUUCAAGGUGCUGCUGCCCGUGGCGCUGCUCACCGUGCUGGCGGGAAGCCGCGCUCUGCUGUAACGAUGAAGAGGAGCUGUUGGUUCGACUGUUUGUUCGCAAACACGCAAUACAAUGAACAGCACUACCACCUACACACCGAUCGCUCGAUGCAUCGUCGGGAGCCUCCGGCCCUUUAA